AUGACGACUCCUAUUGAAAAAGGAAAUGGUUCUGCUGGCAGUGCUCUCAAAAACGCUGAAGUGGAAGCUCGUGAUAAUUGUAAUGUAGACACAGAGCCUUCAGCUAUUGAUCCCAAAUUGAUUUCUCAGGUAGAAACCAAUCCAGGAGAUGUAGAUUCAACCGUGUCAAAUUCCCACAAGCGCUCUGUUUCUCAAGUAGGAGAAAAGAAUGAGUCUAACCCAGAGAAGACUCAAAAGAGUCCUCAAAUAGAAGAUUUUAAGCAAAAGUCACUCUUAGGUAAGAUGCCCUUUUCUAGAAAAUUUUUCCUGUCAGGAUUUGGUAGAGGUAUAUAUUUGAAUGUUCCUCUUCAAAGCAUUGCUAGAUACAAUAACUUUACUAAUUUGCCAAGAUUUUACUCAGGGCAAAUGGAAAUGGACAAAAAUGAUUUUUGUAACACCAUAAAUUUCAAAAUUCCUCUCCGUUAUUCAAUUCCAUGGAGAGUCCCAUUAGCUAACAACUGUGAUAUAAAAGGAAUUUUCCAUACACUCCAAGGGGGGAACUUCUCUCACAUAGUAGGCAAUCAAAGCACCAUGCAUGUGAAGCAAAAAUACAUGGCGUUUGUCUCUCGCCCAAAUGUCCUGAUUCACGGUGAAAGAUACAUGGAGUUGAGAAAACCUUUGAGGAAGUUCUAUCACCUUUCCCUCAUGAACAGAAGGGCAUGCAGCAAGUUUUAUGAAACGAAUGAUACUGAAGUGAUGAGUGAAUAUGAUACUAUGGUGAGGCUUGUGUUCCAUGCUCCACGGACCUACACGGAAAACAUCUUCAGAAAAGAUUUUAAUGAUGAUUUGCGAUCUCACCAUGACACCAGGGUUGUAAAUGUUAGCACCAAUGAUGGCUGGGAAUACCUGUGUCCUAAUUGCAGGAAUACUUUCACCAAUUUGGUUGACAUCAAACAACAUUCCUGCAGUUCUCCAGGUAAUUAA